UUUAUAUCUGGAACCGCCUACCGAAUCCGAGAAAGGCUUUACGUUGCCGCAUGCCCGCCCUUUCUUCCCCAUUUCCUUUCCUUGGUUAGAUGGAUUACCCUUUAUUCUCUCUCAAUUAGGUCGGCUACUUCUCUUAUAAAUACCUCCUCGUUUCCCCUUUCAUCAUUCAUUCAUCUCUUUGUAACUCUUUCUCAUUCUCUCUUCUCAAUCAAAUCCCUAGUUUCUCAAUUUCCCAAGAUGCAAAUCUUUGUUAAGACCUUGACUGGUAAGACGAUCACUCUCGAGGUGGAGAGUUCUGAUACAAUUGACAAUGUUAAGGCAAAGAUUCAAGACAAGGAGGGCAUUCCUCCUGACCAGCAACGUCUGAUCUUUGCCGGUAAGCAACUCGAAGAUGGCCGAACCCUUGCUGAUUACAAUAUUCAGAAGGAGUCAACCCUUCAUCUUGUCCUCCGCCUCCGUGGUGGCAUGCAAAUCUUUGUCAAAACCCUAACAGGGAAGACCAUUACCCUUGAGGUUGAAAGCUCUGACACCAUUGACAAUGUUAAGGCUAAAAUUCAAGACAAGGAAGGGAUUCCACCAGACCAACAGAGGCUGAUCUUUGCUGGAAAACAACUCGAGGAUGGUCGUACUCUAGCUGAUUAUAAUAUCCAGAAGGAGUCUACCCUCCACCUGGUUCUCCGCCUUCGUGGUGGGAUGCAAAUCUUUGUCAAGACUCUCACUGGAAAGACCAUUACUUUGGAGGUUGAGAGCUCUGAUACGAUUGACAAUGUGAAGGCUAAGAUACAAGACAAGGAAGGUAUCCCACCAGAUCAACAGAGGCUCAUCUUUGCCGGUAAGCAACUUGAGGAUGGUCGUACUUUGGCAGAUUACAAUAUCCAAAAGGAGUCUACCCUUCAUUUAGUCCUUCGUCUUCGUGGUGGUAUGCAAAUUUUCGUCAAGACUCUCACAGGAAAGACCAUUACUUUGGAGGUCGAGAGCUCGGAUACAAUUGACAAUGUGAAGGCAAAGAUACAAGACAAGGAGGGUAUCCCACCAGACCAGCAAAGGCUUAUCUUUGCUGGAAAGCAGCUCGAGGACGGUCGUACAUUGGCAGAUUACAACAUCCAGAAGGAGUCUACCCUUCACCUUGUGCUCCGCCUGCGUGGUGGGAUGCAGAUUUUCGUGAAGACUCUCACUGGAAAGACGAUCACUCUGGAGGUGGAGAGCUCGGAUACUAUUGAUAAUGUGAAAACAAAGAUACAGGACAAGGAAGGGAUCCCUCCAGAUCAGCAGAGGCUGAUUUUUGCCGGUAAGCAGUUGGAAGAUGGUCGUACCCUCGCUGAUUAUAACAUUCAGAAGGAAUCAACCCUUCAUCUUGUUCUUCGUCUGCGUGGUGGUGAAUUUUAAGUUCUAAAGUUCUUAAGAUGUUUUUAGUUAUAUAAGUAGAUAAAUUCUCUAUUUGAUGUUGGUGGUUUCUUCCCUUUGGUUUGGGGGCGCAAUCAGACAGUUUGUAACGCUGGAUUUGGUUUGGUGAUCAUCCAAUGACUUUGUAAUGUUCAAAACUAAAUGUUUGAUCGUUGUGGAAAUUAGCUUCUUUCUCGUA